AUGCUUAAAGACGCAGAGAUGAGGAACUCUGUAACGAGUUUCAGCGGUCCAGGUAUGUUGCCGCUGCGGAGUGUACAGCACAGGUGCUGCCACGCUCGACUGUUUCACUGGAGUGCACGUUGGGCGAAGAACGAGCCGUUUAGCAGCGAUAUUCAUGGCGAUACCCGUGGCGAUGGGCCCAGCUUCAGGAGUAAAGUGGCCCAGACACCGGCUACGCAGAGCGACGAGACAAUCCAAGAGCGUGCUAUGUUUGAUAAGCUGUUUGCCAACAUGCAGGAAAAGCAGGAACGGGAAUCCCUGCGGCGGCGGGAACCACGGGACUCGCUGAACUUGAAGGUGUCCUUUGGAAAGUACGACUUGGACAAGACGGAACAACAGCAGCCACCGAGACAGCCACCGCAGAGACAACGGUUCACGGACGCUAAUGUCGUCCUGCAAUUGGAGCGGUUGAAGGCUGGGGUCCGUAGCUGCAGACCAGGAAUCGGAGCAGGACCAGGAUCAGGACCAGAACAUCUCUGUGUUCAAUAUGCUCAGCGCAAUGGAAGACGAGCUGGCACUGUUGCAGGGAAACAAAAGCGGAAGACGCUCGAUAGGGUCGACGGUGCCAGUGGCAGUGCCCUGGAGCAGACCGCUCCACUCCCGGAAAUCUCUAAGGACCUGCACAUCGACCUGCAGAAAGUGGAGGCCGAGGAACGGUUCAAAGCGGAACUGACACAGGCGAUGCGGCCGUACAUGGAGAGUCCAGUGUUCUUGGAGCGCAUCCGGACAGAUUACGACGCUACGGUGUACGUCCGGGAUGCGAUGGAGAACUUUGAGCGCCGCGACAAGAGUCUCGAUAAAGCAGUGAGCACAAUGUCCCCACGGGGAAGUCCUCCAGCGAGUACGUUCCGGAGUCGAGCAAAUCCUGGGGACGCUGCUGUGCCGGAACCACAGCCGGUGACGUUGCCCUACACGAUCUGUCACUUGUUGCGGCAGACUCAGGCGUGGUCCAGUGCGAGGCGGUACACACUCGCGAUGUGCGUAUACGAGUUCUGCCGCCGCAGCGCGGACGUCUCAUCUUACUUGUACCUGUGCGACGUGGACUUCUACAACUGCCUACUCGAAUUGACGUGGGAUAACUACCCUGAGGCACACCGAAUCGCCCAACUGACUGCAGAGAUGCAGACGAACGGCGUUAGGGGGGACAUCUACACUGUCGGGAUCCUCGACAAGAUCGUGCACGAGAUGCGCUCGAUCAACGACGACAUCAUCGACGAGGACAACUGGCAACAGAUGAAGAACCGUGCCCUUACAGUCGGUGUCAUCUGGAACAAAGAAACAAGUUCGGACCUGCUCAUUGUGGAGAACUACUUGCGCCAUUUAAAGCGGCAAUUGACCAGCUGA